AUGAACUCUGUACUCAUGGCGUUUGUUUCGUUGAAUAUUGUUCCCAGGGACGACUGCAACUCUCAAUGUGCAGGAUUUUGCUUGAGGUUUACGGGAGAAAACAACCGCUAUGUGUUUCGUUCGAGGACGAGAGCGUUUCCGCGGCGCCGCUCCGGUUGUUCGGCACUGCGCGGGCUGCGCUCGCAGUCGGCGUCGCCUGCUCCAGCGUCAGCUUCGCCCGCGUCUGGACCUUCCGCUAAGAAAGGUGUGGUUGCUCGUGAUAAGGUGAAUGUAGCGGUCAUCGGUGCGGGGCGGAUCGGCCAAGUCCACGCUGAGAACAUCGCUUUCAGACUUCGACGCGCCAACUUGUGCGGGGUGGCCUCCGGCACCCGGGAGCUCGCGGAGCGCUGCUCCCUGGCCGCUGGCUGCAAACCCUACUUUGACUAUCACCAGCUCCUGGACGACCCGAAUGUGGACGCAGUAUGCAUUUGCUCAGCAAGUACGCAGCAUACGCGGCAGAUGAUUGAGGCAGCUCAGGCAGGAAAACACAUUUUCGUCGAGAAACCGAUCGACAUCGAUUUGGGCAGGAUCGACGAGGCCCUUACCGCAGUCCGCAAGGCUGGCGUCAAGCUUCAGGUCGGCUUCAAUCGUCGUUUCGAUACCAACUACAUGCGAGUUCGCAAAGCGAUCGAGACCGGUGAGAUCGGCGAAACCCAUAUUUUCCACAUCGUGAGCCGUGAUCCGGAGCCACCACCGGCCCACUACUCCGCAACCUCAGGGGGAAUCUGGAUGGACUGCGCAAUCCACGAUUUUGAUAUGGCUCGCUUUCUUAUUGGCAAUGAAGUCGACGAGGUCUUCGCGUAUGGAGCUGUCCGCAUAUCACCUGAGAUUGCUCAGUACGGAGACGUCGACACGUCUGUGGUAAUGUUGAAGUUUCGGAACCGUACGAUCGGCACGAUCGACAACUCCCGCAGUGCAGUCUACGGAUACGAUCAGCGCUGCGAGGUGUUCGGUAGUGCUGGGUCGAUUUCUAUCAACAACAGCUAUCCGAACACAGCGAUUGUCAGCACCGCUCACCAUAUUCAGCGCGACUUGCCUAUGCAUUUUUUUAUGGAGCGAUAUACGGACUCGUUCAUUCGGGAAAUGGAUGCCUUUUGCAGCUCAUUGCUCGAUGGGACACCCAUUCAGUGCACCGGUUUCGACGGCCGAGCGCCGGUAGUCAUUGCCAUGGCUGCUCGGCAAAGCUACCAGACCGGCAUGCCGGUAAAGAUCAGCGAGGUCGAUCGGCCGCUCCCACCGGAGCUGCACGACUGGGAUGGGCAGUGA